UUCAAGAGGCCAUUUUAAAAACCCUGUAAGGAAGAAAAUGCAGAUUUCAGUUUUCAUAGUUGAUGCAUUUACCGACCAACCCUUUCGUGGCAAUCCUGCUUCUGUUUGUCUUCUUGAAGAUGAGCUGGAAGAAGGUUGGCAUCAAGAAAUUGCUACAGAAAUGAACCUCUCAGAAACAGCAUUCAUCAGGAAACUGCAUCCUGCUGAUGACUUCACCAAAAGUUCAUGUUUUGGAUUAAGAUGGUUUACACCAACAACUGAGGUCCCUCUCUGUGGUCAUGCUACUCUUGCAUCUGCUGCUGUAUUAUUCCAUAAGAAGAAAAAUAUGAACCCCAUACUCACUUUCAUAACUCUUAGUGGAGAAUUAAAGGCCAGACAAGCAGGAGAUGAGAUUAUCUUGGAUUUACCACUUUACUUCACUUAUCCACAGGAUUUCCAGGAAGUAGAAGAGCUGGUAAAGGCAGCAGUGGGCGAUAUGAAUGUUCAAGAUGUCCGUUACUCUCCAGACACAAAAAAGCUACUUAUCUGUCUCAGUGAGGUGUAUGAAAGGUAUGAUCUGGAGAAAUUAAAAGUGGAUGCCCAAAAACUUUUGCUGGCUGACAAGACUGGAAAAGUAAAAGGCUUAAUAGUCACAGUGAAAGGAGAUCGUCGUGAAAAUCACGAAAGCUAUGACUUUUACUCUCGUUACUUUGCACCAUGGAAUGGAAUUUCUGAAGAUCCUGUCACAGGAUCUGCUCAUGCUGUGUUAAGCAGCUACUGGUCACAGCAACUGGGAAAAAAGAAACUGUGCGCAUUUCAGUGCUCCAAUCGUGGGGGAAAGUUGAAGAUUCUGCUACGGCAAGAUGGAAGGAUAGACAUUGGCGGACAAACAGUCGUUGUGUUAGAAGGUUCUUUGGCUCUUUGAAAAAAGAAUUAAAAGCGCUCUGUAAUUACA